AUGGGGCAAGAGGCCCAAGAGCUGAAGGUAUCAAAGGCAGCGGCCGACCUGAUGGCGUACUGCGACGCACACUCGUGUGACGACCCCCUGAUCACCCCCGUGCCCACUUCGGAAAACCCUUUCAGGGAGAAGAAAUUCUUCUGUGCUCUGCUUUGA